AUGCGCGAGAUCUUUCGCGUGGACGAGGUAUUCGAUGCGGUGCGUCUGGUACUUCGCCAUGAGAAUCGUCGCCAGCUCAGGCGAGGCGUAUCGCACGAUGCUGUCGAGGACCUGCUGCUCAGCGCCGCUCGCAGCGUCGAUGAUAGCGACUAG